AUACGUGUUGCAGAGGACAGACCUAUACAGUGGAGAACAACUUGGAUUCAGCAAAACGACAGCUCCACAGAGAAAAUGAAUAGGACAGGUACGUUCUAAGUCACAUGUAGGUUGCUUUUUUCCCCCUCAUCAUGAAUGUGGCAUCUUCUACCAAGUUCUACUCCUGAGCAUAAGAGGUCUCCAACAUGCCAUGCUGAGUGAUUUGUGAAUGAAUAAGUUAGCCAUGCAACCAAAUGACAGUGCGCAGACCCUGGUACCAGAGGUGUGUGAGCAAGUACUGGAGGAUAAUGCAGGACUGGGUUACGGUGGCUCUACUGGCAACCUGUCGCUGCGCUGCUGGCUACACUUCUUAAGCAAGGAAUCUAUACUGGAGCUACAGGGAGAUGGUUCCAGCAUCACAGUGCGUGUAAUGAUAGCUCUGGUGUACUCUGUCGUGUGUGCACUGGGGCUAGUGGGGAACUCUCUGGCACUCUACCUGCUUCACUCACGCCACAGUCAGACGCAGUCCUCAAUCAACUGCUUUGUAAUGGGCUUGGCUCUCACCGACCUGCAGUUUGUUCUCACGCUCCCCUUUUGGGCUAUUGACACGGCUCUGGACUUCCGCUGGCCCUUCGGCAAAGUAAUGUGUAAGAUCAUCAGCUCCGUGACCAUCAUGAACAUGUACGCCAGCGUCUUCUUCCUGACUGCCAUGAGUGUGGCGCGAUACUACGCAGUGACCUCAGCCCUCAAGAUGCACAGCAGGCGGACGGCGGCAGCCAGCGCCAAGUGGAUCAGCCUGGGCAUCUGGGUAGUGUCGCUGCUAGCCACCCUGCCCCACGCCAUCUACUCCACCAGUGCCCAGCUAUACGACGAGGAACUGUGUUUGGUGCGAUUCCCUGAGUCAGGCAGCUGGGACCCUCAGCUGCUCCUGGGGCUGUACCAGCUACAGAAAGUACUGCUGGGCUUUGUUAUUCCCUUGGUGGUCAUCACUGUGUGCUAUCUGCUGCUGCUGCGCUUUGUGCUGAGCCAACGCAUUAGUGGAGCGGCCAGCUCAGAGGGCUCGGAAGGCCGCCACAAGCGCCGGUCCAAAGUAACCAAGUCGGUGGCCAUCGUGGUUCUGUCCUUUUUCUUGUGUUGGAUGCCCAACCAGGCUCUGACGCUGUGGGGCGCGCUGAUUAAGUUUGACCUGGUGCACUUCAGCAACGCAUAUUACAACGUCCAGAACUACACCUUCCCGCUGACUGUGUGUCUGGCUCACACCAACAGCUGCCUCAACCCUGUGCUCUACUGCAUAAUCCGCCGUGAGUACCGCGCGGGCCUCAAAGAGCUGCUGCACGCCACACCCUCCUUCAGGAGCCUGGCCAACCUGCUACCCCGCAAGACCAAGGUGGCAGAGGCUCCCCCUGUCAUGACGCUGGUCCAGAUGGAUGUCUAAAGGUGGGCGUCUCAGCGUCUCUAGUAGACAGUGAGCAACAACAAGGAAUGCACUCAGCUCUCCAAAAUACCAGUUUCAUGGAAUUUGUUUGUUGUAGUUGAUGGAGCAGCAUCACAAGGCAAGCCCAUUGGGAUGUGUGCGGUGGAAAUUAAAUAAUAAUGACAUACUAUACUGUUUAAUUAGUCAUACUAUGCUGUUUUACUUGGAGAAUUGUCUGUUGUUAUAUGUUAGUAUUUUGCUGAUACAGGUUCGUCUUGUGUGACAUAGUCAUGGGUCAGGGCCUACAGAUAAGAGCCAUUUGGGUGUGACUGUAGUAUGUGGCAAUCUACAGGAACUUAGAUGUGUGGAAACAUGCAGGAAGGAACGGUCAAUGGUGGCAACGUAAGCUAUCUUAAUCUGCACAGACAAGCUAAAUCAGCAUUUACACACCAUGUUCCGUCCCUGUUUCCACCCAUCUGCUAAACUGCCACGUCGACAAAAUAGGUUGUUCUUUUUCUAUAAGAGGAGAGAGACAACUCUUUUCAUUGAGCUUUCCUAACGAUGCACUGUUGAGUGGUUGUUAUUGAUUGCUUCAUUUUGGCAAAUCUUAUAAAUAGUUGUUUUGAAGAAUACAGUCUCUCCCUUUGGUUAGAAAUACCACAACAUGUGCCCCAGUUUUCUCCCCCUACUCAGAUUCUCUUUGCCAGAUGUGCUUCUCCUCUCUCUUCCGCUGCUUCCCUGCUAGCUAGAGAUACAUUUAGCAAGCUAACGUUAGAUAGCUAUCAUGAUGGUAGCUCGGCUACAUAAGGUUACAUAGCAUUCAGAUAUGUCGCGGGGCAGUCAUUGAACUUUAUUUCCCGAACUCACAUCUUCUUUGUCACUAGAAGCCAACUCCUCGAACAUAUCUAAACAAAAGUAUGUGGACACCCCGUCAAAUUAAUGGAUUUGGCUAUUUCAGCCACAACCGUUGCUGACAGGUGUAUAAAAUUGAGCACACAGCCAUUCAAUCUCCAUAGACAAACAUUGGCAGUAGAAUGGCCUUACUGAAGAGCUCAGUGAUUUUCAAUGUGGCACCAUCAUAGGAUGCCACCUUUCCAACAAGUCAGCUCGUCAAAUGUAUGCCCUGCUAAAGCUGCCCCGGUCAACUGUAAGUGCUGUUAUUGUGAAGGGUAAAAGUCUAAGAGCUCUGGGGCAGUAGAAACGCAUUCUCUGGAUUGAUGAAUCAUGCUUCACCAUCUGGCAGUCCGACGGACCAAUCUGGGUUUGGCGGAUGCCAGGAGAAUGCUACCUGCCCAAUGCAUAUUGCCAAGUUUGGUGGAGGAGGAAUAAUGGUCUGGGGCUGUUUUUCAUGGUUUGGGCUAGGCCCCUUAGUUUCAGUGAAGGGAAAUCUUAACGCUACAGUAUACAAUGACAUUCUAGACAUUUGUGUGCUUCAAACAUUUUGAGGAAGGCACUUUACUGUUUCAGCAUGACAAUUCCCCUGUUCACAAAGUGAGGUCCGUACAGAAAUGGUUUGUUGAGAUCGUUGUGGAAGAACUUGACAGGCCUGCACAGAGCCCUAACCUCAACCCCAUCAAACACCUUUGGGCUUAAUUGGAAUGCAGACUGCGAGCCAGACCUAAUCGCCCAACAUCAGUGCUGACCUCAUUAUUGCUCGUGGCUGAAUGGAAGCAAGUCCCCACAGCAAUGUUCCAACAUCUAGUGGAAAGCCUUCCAGAUGAGUGGAGGCUGUUAUAGCAGCAAAGGGGGGACCAACUCCAUAUUAAUGCCCAUGAUUUUGGAAUGAGUUGUUCGUCGAGCAGGUCCACAUACUUUUGGUCAUGUAGUGUAUAUGGUUGGAUUUGUUGGAAUUCUCUCUCCAGAUCUUCCUAUAGGGAAGCAAAUCUUCCUUGCGAUGUAGUUAGACACAAAGCUGCUCUCGCUGUCAGAGACGUCUGUGUAGCCCAUUGUUCAAACGGUGAUGUGUGUGUGUUUUUGACCGAGCUAGUAUAAGCCAGCAUAGUACAUGCCCACUUAUGCAACAUAAUGCCUGCCCUUCGACCUUACGCCUGCGAAAGUUCAAGUAAAUCACAUGAUAAAUGAAGUGAAAAGGAGACUGGAGGCCGUCUUUAAUAACUUGUGCUGCCUUCUCAUAAUUUAUCAUAAAUAUGUAACACGUAGCACUCAUGUGAGGGAGCUGUACUGCUUCACUCUCCACUUUGUACCUGCGAGAUAAAUACAGAUCGUCAAUCCCCCCAUGAUCUCCAUUAUGGAGGAAAUAAAUUAUCAAUUUGUCUUCACUCAUUUGAAUCAGUGAACUUACUCUCUAUAGAAAAUACUCUUAGCAGCUUAUUCUAUUCAUGAGAUGUUGAAUUGAUGAGAGACUGUUCGUAGGAUGCAGGAGUUCAUUCAGAUAGCACACUAACAUGAUGUCUGUGUAGGGUGUUAUUGUCAUGCAAUUCAAUACCUUGUUAUUAUUAAAAUUGGUCAUGUCCUCCUGUGCUAUAACUGUCCUUAGUGGGUAGAUCAUUUAAUUCAUCAAA